AUGGGACUUGCAUCGGUAUCCUAUUGGCACCGCAAGACUGUCACGACCCCAUUGUGGCCCUUCGCGGAGGCCAUAUGGAUCUCUUUUCCAUACCUUCUCAUUGGUAUAUUAAAUUCUACUGAUAAUGGCAAUCAAGAAGAUGAUGAGCAUUGUCGCAUUAAUGAUUCACCCAAUCAUGACAUUUCUGAUGGUGUUGGAAAUCAUGACCAGCAUAAUGGCCUUGAAGCAAAUAAAGAUGAUUCCGAAUGUUCGGGAAGUGGAACAAUUAGUGAAAGCUAUAGCAAUCCUGGAAGUGAUUCAUGUGACAAUGAGGUCAUAGAUAAUAAGAAAGAACAUUGUGCAUCUAUGCAUCAAAGUAAUGCUCUUGAUGGUUCCAAAUCCCGAGCAGAUGUUAAACAUCACAAUUUGUCACAAGAAAUUAAUUAUCAUAAAUCAUCAUCAUCAUCUGAUAUUGUAAUUCCUGAGGAUUCUACUCAACAGAAAUAUGAUGCGAUAAUUUCCCAUGGUGCCUCUCAUGAUUCUACUAAUGAUAUUUGUACAAGUCGAACUCAGAGGCCAGUCAGUCAUAUGCUUCAUUCUUACACUGAAAAAAUUGCGGAUAAGUCAAAGGAAGCAGUGAUCCCUGCAAAAAGACCUACUGUAUGGGGUCGAACUCCUGCAAAGAAAAACCUUUCCAUGGAAUCAAUCAACUCAUCAAAUGAAGAUGAGUUGUCAAUUCAAAUUCUAGAGAAUACCAAAAAUGACUUGCAAGAUAAAAUCGCCAAAGAGGUAAAAGAGAAUGCAAUUUUACAAGAGAAUUUGCAAAGGCAAAAAAAGUCUUUGUUUGAGUGCCGUUUAGCUCUUGAGCAGGAGGUUAAAAGAUUGCAAAACAAAUUACAAGAUGAAAGAGAUUUAAGAGCAUCCUUGGAGUCUGGACUAACGAGCAUGCGACCUGAAAACAUGACUUUUGCUUCUUGUAUGGAUAACAAGACAAGGGCAGAUAUAGAGGAAGUUGCUCUUGCGGAAGAAGAUAUUGGGGUUUUGAAGCAGAAGCUUUCUGAUCUUCAUGGACAACUUAUUCAUCCGCAACACCCAAGAUAUACUUCCUUAUGUGAGUCAUGCAGGAAAUAUCUAGACAGCAGCAAUCACUCUUCUGAGAAGGGUAAGUUGGAAGAUGAAAAGCAUACUGAUCCUGUUCUUAAACAAGAAGAGUUUUUGAAACAAGCUAAUAUUGGGAAAGACAGUGUCAAAGAGGAAUCUCGAUCCCAAGAAUUGUCUACUACUAAAGAGUCAGGAAAUGCUAUGGAAAUUCCUGCUUUGAAGAAGGAAGACCAAGAGUUAUCUUCAUCCAACAAGCAGAACUCCCACCCUGAAUGGCCAAGCAGCAUAGCUUUAAACAUUCUAAAAGCGCAGUCCUCUGAGACUGAGGAAACAACCUCCACAUCUGUUCCAGCCCUUGCCAAGUUGACAAACCGCUUGAACUUAUUGAGGGAACGGCGUGCAAAACUUGCAAAUGAGGUGCAAAAUGCUCAGAAAAAUUUUACAUCAGCUCCCGUUGGCCCUCCCCAGACAGGCAAUUCUGGCUGAUUGUGGAUUCUAUCGAACAACCUUUUCACAAUUAUCUACUUUCAAACUUCGAGAUUUUUUUUUCAUGUAGACGAUGGUGAUGGCGACGAUGACAAUUAGUGAACAAAAAUCUCGACCAUGGAUUACUACCAUUCUUGUAAACAUGUACACCUCUGAUUCUUAAAAAUUACCCAAUCACUUAGGAUUAAUGCUUAUACCAAACGAUCUGUUUGGUUGACCAAUUUCUGUAGGCAGUUUGACCUCUCUCAGGUAACACGGAGAAAGGUGCACCGAAACUACCUGUGACACAUUUUGCAUUUGGAGGGAAAUUUUUGAAUGUAUGUUAUUCCUUGAUAAUAACUAUGAAGGUGAAUUUUUCCAAUAA